AUGUCGUUUCCAUUGCUACUUGCCGAUGUGCUUCUUCACCGGAGAGGCCCAAUCCACCGAUCUCCUCCCCUCCUUCGCCCCUUGAUGGCUUUAGUGAAGCCCGUGGCUCUUCUCCGACCUGUAUUCUCCGCAUCUCCCUCUCGUCAUUUCGAGAGCUCGGAGGUUACUCAGGCGAGGCCAUCUCCUCCACCUGAGCCGCCUGAUCCGCCAGACCCGAACCCUGCAACGUCGCGCGUGCUCAGCCCCUCCACCUUCCACCACCGCCUAGCUAAACUGUCAACCUUCCUAGAUCUAUACGGCACGAGAUCUAGCUACGGUCCACGGUGCAACAAUGGCGAUACGCUUUGGAGGAAAUACAUUUUUUUCUCCGAAUGA